GUCGUUCCUUUUCCGGUGGCUGGACCGCUGCAGCUGCCGCGUGCGACUGAAGAAGAAAAUAAAACUUUAAAAUUUGUUCGAUUAAAAUUUUAAAUCGCGAAUAAAAGCGACAGAAAAGCCGCGGAGCUGUAGUCGCGAUGGCGUUUGAGCAGAUGAGAGCGAAUGUGGGGAAACUGCUGCGAGGAAUCGACAGGUAUAAUCCCGAGAAUCUGGCCACGCUGGAGCGAUAUGUGGAAACGCAGGCGAGGGAGAACGCAUACGACCUGGAGGCGAAUCUAGCUGUGCUUAAGCUGUACCAGUUUAACCCAGCGUACUUCCAGACCAGUGUAACGGCUCAGAUUCUCCUCAAAGCUUUAACUAAUCUACCGCACACAGACUUCACGCUCUGCAAGUGUAUGAUUGACCAACCACACCAGCAAGAGGAGCGACCAAUCAGACAGAUCCUGUACCUGGGCAACCUGCUGGAGACCUGCCACUUCCAGAGCUUCUGGGCGAGUCUGGAGGAGAACAGAGAGCUGAUUGAUGGAAUCACAGGAUUUGAGGACUCAGUUAGGAAGUUUAUUUGCCACGUUGUUGGAAUCACCUACCAGACCAUCGAGCACCGUCUGCUGGCUGAGAUGUUGGGAGACCCUCUGGAUACGCAGGUGAAGGUAUGGAUGAAUAAGUACGGCUGGGUGGAGAAUGAAGGUCAGAUCUUCAUCUAUAAUCAGGAGGAGAGCAUCAAACCCAAGAACAUCGUGGAGAAGAUCGACUUUGAGAGUGUGUCCAGCAUCAUGGCAACGUCACAGUGAAGCUCCACAUCCAUCAAACACGCACAGACUCACCUGUAAACUGAGCUGAGACUGGACUCAGCCGGACACUCUGAGGACUUUUCUUACGCGAGGCGCUGUACUCGACUGCUCUGCCUCACACUGUCAGAAUAAAACUCACUUUUCAUGACA